AUGGCUGGCGAUAGCGACUCCAAGUCGCCCAAAACAUCCAAUGCUACCACAAACCGCCCAGAUGCCGCGGCCGACUCCAAACCCUCAGAGAUUGUAGCGAAGACCGAGACGUCCAACGGCGAACCAGCUAAACCACUCGCGCCACCUCCGCGUCCCAGCCAAGCGGCCAAGGGGAACACGCCCGACUACUUUGGCCUCUCAGGACCCGGAGGCUCGUUGAAUCAAGAGCCGAACCCCUUCGAAAGGUCAUUUGGCGGAGAUCCUACACUUGGUGCCAGUGGCGGUCCUCCCGAGACCCCGGGAGGCACGAAGCUACCUCCUGUUGCCUCAAUCACCUCACCCUCGUCGUUGCUUCCCGGCACUGGCUCAACGCCCUUUAAUUGGGGUGGUGGGUCGUUGCGCACCGGACCACUGAGCCCAGCCAUGCUGUCCGGCCCUCAGACCGAUUACUUCGGCGACCAAUUCCGAGGUGGCUUUCCCACGCCUAACGAGUCAUCACUCCGGACUGGUCUGACACCCGGCGGGAGUGGUUCCAUGUUCCCCGUGGUUGGGAGCCCAAACACUGCUGCCAUCUUCAACCUCGCCGGUGGCGGUGCGACACCAAGCACUGUCGAUUUCCACCGCACUGCUAUGAGAGCGGCUGCUGCCGAGCGAGAACAGCAGGCCCAGCAACCACUGCCCGCUACGUCACAGCCACAGGAACUCAGCAACGGCGCUUCGGCUGUCAAGUCCGAAGCAAAGCCCACUGGACCUUUUGACAACCACGACAACGACGCGGCUAACGGUCUGUUUAUGCUGGCACAGGGCAGGAACGGUGCUCAGCAACAGAGCCAGUACCCCUUGCCGCCACAGCCAGCAGAUCAUGGCCAUCCGGCACCUGCUGUUCAACAUCCCAAUCCAAACAUGAACGGUAAUUCCACCCACAAUGGACGGACAUCUCGAGGUGCUAGUGAGGCCGGAAGUGCACAGUCAGACGACAGCGAGCACGCCCGACCGAACACUAGGGGUAAAGGCAAACGCAACUCGGGCUCCGGAGCUACCACAACCAACGGCAGGCGUAAGGCUGAGGAACCUCCGGCCAGAGCACCCGCAAGUAAGAAGGCCAAGACUAAUGCUACCGAAGCCCCACCAUCUGUUGGCUCUGAUGAGCAAAUGGAUGAUGAUUCCGACCACGAAGAUGGCGGUGGAGACAACAAACCAAAACAUAAGAUGACCGAGGAAGAGAAGAGGAAGAAUUUCCUUGAGCGCAACCGUGUUGCUGCUUUGAAAUGCCGUCAGCGCAAGAAGCAGUGGCUGGCAAAUCUUCAAAACAAGGUUGAUCUCUACCAAACUGAGAAUGAUCAGUUGACGCAGCAGAUCGCUGCGCUGAGGGAAGAGGUUGUUAACCUGAAGACGCUUUUGCUGGCGCACAAGGACUGCCCUGUGACGCAACAACAGGGACUACAGGGUGCGUACAUGGCUGGUAUGGAGCCGUAUAACGCACAAAUGAAUCCGUAUGGGAUGGCCGCGCCGAUGCCAAACCACCAGAUGAUGCCUGCCCAAGCAGGCCAACGUCGCUUCUCAUAG